AUGGAGGAUGACCGGAGCAGCUCACGCCACGACGGGCGGCACCUGAUAUCGCCCGACGAAUUCGGCCGGCUGCCGUACGACUCAGUUCCGCCAGUGCACGCCCACGGCGGAGACAUUGGCUUCGGCGCCGACACCGCGGAACGCGCCCAGGGCUACAUGGAUGUUGAAGGGAAGAUGUGGUUUGAAGAUGAGCGGGAGCAGAAAACCACCCAACCACAUAGCGGCGGGGACACCCCGCGAUUCCCCGACCGAGAUAAUUAA